AUGCACUGUACUUUAGUGGAAUGUAGAGUGUAUAUAGCAUCAAUAACCUUUGGUAUACAUGAAGCACCAGUAACCAUUGGUACAAAGCCAGUAAUCAUUGGUAUAGCACCAGUAAUCAUUGGUAUAGCACCAGUAAUCAUUGGUAUCAUUGGUAUAGCACCAGUAAUCAUUGGUAUGGCACCAGUAACCAUUGAUACAAAACCAGUAAUCAUUGGUAUAGCACCAGUAACCAUUGAUACAAAACCAGAAAUCAUUGGAAUAGCACCAGUAACCAUUGGUAUAGCACCAGUAACCAUUGAUACAAAACCAGUAAUCAUUGAUAUUGCACCAGUAACCAUUGGUAUAGCACCAGUAACCAUUGGUAUAGCACCAGUAAUCAUUGGUAUAGCGCCAGUAACUAUUGAUACAAAACCAGUGAUCAUUGGUAUAGCACCGUAA